CAAAUAGUCGGUCUAAAAAUGGGUGGAGGUAGUGAUGCUAUUGUUUUGUAUCCAUAUCCAGGACUAGGUCACCUGAUUUCCAUGGUAGAGCUUGGCAAGCUCUUACUCACUCACCACCCUUCUUUCUCCAUCACAAUCCUCGCCUCUACCGCCCCGACCACCAUCGCCGCCACAGCCAAGCUCGUCGCCAGCUCCAACGAUCAGUUAACAAACUACAUCAAAGCCGUCUCUGCCACCAACCCCGCCAUCAACUUCCACCACCUCCCAAUCAUUUCUCUCCCAGAAAACGUCAACAAGCAAAACCUCCCUUUCGAAUAUGCACGUCUCCAAAUCCCCAACAUCCUCCAAACCCUAACCUCAAACACUAAAGCCCUUAUUCUCGACAUGUUUUGCGACGCAUUAUUCGACGUUGCGAAAGACCUAAACAUCCCUACAUUCUUCUUCUACACCUCAGCCGGAAGAAGCCUCGCCGUCCUAAUCAACAUCCCUACCUUCCAUCGCACAGUCAACAGUCUUUCGGACUACGGCGACACCCCCAUUUCCAUUCCCGGCAUGCCUCCCCUUCCUGUCACAACACUGCCUAAGCUCUUGUUCGACCGCUCUACUAAUUUCUACAAGAGCUUCCUGUCAAUGUCAACUCACAUGGCAAUCUCGGAUGGGAUCAUUCUCAACACGUUUGAUUUGCUUGAAGAGAGAGCUCUCAAGGCGUUGAGGGCUGGACUGUGCUUGCCUAACCAGCCCACACCUCCGAUCUUCACCGUCGGACCGUUGAUCUCCGGGAGGAGUGGAGAUAAUGACGAGCAUGAAAGCUUGAAGUGGCUAAACAACCAGCCUAAAGACAGCGUUGUGUUUCUAUGUUUCGGAAGCAUGGGAGUUUUUAGUAUCAAACAAUUGGAGGCAAUGGCUUUAGGGUUAGAGAAAAGUGGGCAGAGGUUCUUGUGGGUGGUACGUAAUCCACCUAUAGAAGAGUUGGGAGUAGAGGACCCUAGUUUGGAGGAUAUAUUACCAAAGGGUUUUGUGGAGAGAACAAAGGAGAGGGGACUGGUGGUGAGGAAGUGGGCGCCGCAGGUGGAGGUACUGAGUCAUGACUCGGUGGGAGGGUUUGUGACUCACUGCGGAUGGAACUCGGUUUUGGAGGCAGUGUGUAAUGGGGUGCCUAUGGUGGCGUGGCCUUUGUACGCGGAGCAGAAGCUGAGCAGAAUUUUUUUGGUGGAGGAGAUGAAGGUGGCUGUGGGGGUGAAAGAGAAUGAAACAGGGUUCGUGAGUGCGGAAGAGUUGGAGAAGAAAGUGAAGGAGUUGAUGGACUCGGAGAGAGGGGAGGAAAUAAGAGGGAGGGUUUUGGAGUUCAGAAAUGGUGGCGUGAAGGCCAAGGAAGAAGGUGGGUCUUCUAUUGCUUCCUUGGCCGAGUUGGCUCAGUUGUGGAAGCAAAACUAAGAUUAGUUAUGAAUAACUCAAUCGAGGUUCGAGCAUGAAUAACAUCUAGAUACAUCUUCCGUGAAAAUAUGUAAUAAAAACUACCUAUCGGCAAGUACUUUGAUUAUCAGUAUAAUAAGAAUCCCUAGUUCCCUAUAUGUUAAUCUACAGUGCUAUAAUAAGAACAUUAGGGUUUCUUAUGCAGAA